UCAGACACCGGACAUCUGGACACCGGACAUCUGGACACCGGACAUCAGGCACCAGGACAUUGAACACCAGACCUGGGACACGGACACCAGGACAUCUGGACACCGGACCUGCGGGGUAACAGGACACCGGGACUUCAAUCACCGGACACCAGGAUCUCUGGACACCGGGAUACGGACACCAGGCACCAGGUCACCGGACAUCUGGACACAAGGGUCCGGAGGGGAACAAGCGCAGGAUGCCGGAACCUGGGAGGAAAGCCUCCUCGUUCACCAAGAAGCCCCGGAGUGCGGUGGUGGACGUGGGAAGUGAUGCCGUCUUCCUGGCGGAGACGGAGAAGGGGGUGUCCAAGGUGAGGUGGCAGCGGGACGGGGUGGACAUGGGGCCCAGCGACCGAUGGACCAUCACAGCCAAGGAGAACAGGCACACCCUGACCAUCCACAAGGUGUCCGGCCUCGACGCCAAGACCUACGCGGUGAUAGCGGGCAGCUCCAAGGUCAAGUUCGAGCUGAAAGUGAAAGAGCCAGAGACCGUUCCCGGAGCACCCAGCGGGGAGAAGCUGGCAGCAGCCGAUGGUGAGACAGCACCAGGAGGAGAGGAAGCUCUGGAAACCCAGAGCGCAGGGGAGGGUCUGCGGGAAAACGGCACGGAGCAGAUCCCGACUCCCGCAGGCAGCGGCACGGCCCAAGAAACCAGAGAUGAAGGGAUAAACCCGGCAGCCGCUGGCGGUUUGUUCGUGGAGAGGCCCCAAUCCGGAACAGUGAUGGUUGGUUCGGACAUCACCUUUGUCACCAGGGUGAUGGGCGCCAACAUCCUGAGGAAGCCCAACGUCAGAUGGUUCAAAGGCAAGUGGAUGGAUCUCACUGGUAAAACUGGAGCACACCUACAGCUGAAGGAAACGUUCGAUCGGAAUACCAAGGUUUACACCUUUGAGAUGCACAUCAUGCAGGCAAAGCCCAGUGACGCAGGAGGAUACCGGUGUGAAGUGAAUGACAAGGACAAGUUCGAUUGCUGCAACUUUGAGCUGGCCGUUCAAGAUGCACCAAUGCAAGAGGAAUUAGACAUUCUGUCUCAGUUCAGACGCACUAGCACCGACGUGGGAAAGGAAGCCGGAGAGCUGGACUUCAGCGCCCUCCUGAAGAAGAGAGAUUUGACGGUGUCCGUGUGCCCCAGGGAGGUGAAGGUGGAGGUACGGCCGGAGGUGGACGUGUGGGACAUCCUGCAGAAGGCGCCGCCCUCCCAGUACGAGAAGAUUGCCUUCCAGUACGGGAUCACCGACCUGCGCGGCAUGUUGAAACGGCUCAAACGCAUGAAGAAGGAGGAGAAGAAAAGUACAGCCUUUCUGAGGAGGCUGGACACGGCCUACCAGGUGGACAAGGGCCAGAAGAUGAAGCUGGUGGUGGAACUGGCCGACCCCAACGCCGAGGUGAAGUGGAUGAAGAACGGCCAGGAGAUCCAGGUCAGCGGCAGCAAGUUCAUCUUUGAGAACGUUGGAAACAAGCGUAUUCUGACCAUCAACCACUGCUCGCUGGCGGAUGAUGCGGCCUACCAGUGUGUGGUGGGCGAGGAGAAGAGCAUCACCGAGCUCUUUGUACGGGAGCUCCCUGUGCUGAUCGUCCAGCCGCUAGAGGAUCAGGCAGUGAUGGUGGGCGAGAGGGUGGAGUUCGAGCUGGAGGUGUCCGAGGAAGGGGCACUGGUCAAAUGGGAGCGGAACGGCCAGGAAUUGAAGCGGGAGGAGACCUUCAAGUAUCGCUUCAAGAAGGACGGCAAGAAGCACACGCUCUUCAUCAACGAGGCGUCCAAAGAGGACGCAGGUCACUACACUGCCAAGACCAACGGUGGCGAGUCUGUGGCUGAACUCCUGGUGCAAGAGAAGCAGCUGGAGGUGUACCAGAGCAUUGCGGACCUGACGGUCAAGGCCAAGGAGCAGGCGGUCUUCAAAUGCGAGGUGUCCGACGAGAAGGUGAAAGGGGAAUGGUUCAAGAACGGUGCGGAAGUGGAGCCCAGUGACCGGCUGCAGGUCACGCACAUCGGCAGAAUCCACAAGCUUGUCAUUGACAACGUGAGGCCAGAGGACGAGGGGGAUUACACCUUUGUCCCUGAUGGGUUCGCCUUCAACCUCUCGGCCAAGCUGAACUUCCUGGAGGUGAAAAUCGACUACGUUCCCCGACAAGAUCCUCCCAAGAUCCACCUGGACUGUUUGGGCAGCAUCCCUGAUGCCACCAUUGUGGUCGUGGCUGGGAACAAACUGCGGCUGGACGUGCCCAUCAGCGGCGAGCCAGCUCCCACUGUGGUCUGGACCAAGGCGGACAAGGCAAUCACAGAGAUGGAGGGGCGGGUGCACGUGGAGAAGCACCCCGACCACUGCGUCUUCAUCCUGGAGGGGGCAGAGCGGUCGGACCAGGGGGUCUACACCGUGCUGGUGCAGAACCCGGCGGGGGAGGACCGGGCAGACAUCACCGUCAAAGUAGUGGAUGUCCCCGACCCACCAGAGGCCCCGCGGGUGCUGAGCUUGGGAGAAGACUGCUGUACGAUACAGUGGGAGCCGCCGGCAUUCGAUGGGGGGCAGCCGGUGCUGGGAUACGUCCUGGAAAGAAAGAAGAGGAAGAGUUACCGCUGGAUGAGGCUGAACUUCGACCUCUGGAAGGAGACGCAGUACGAGGCCAAGCAGAUGAUCGAAGGCGUCCUGUACGAGAUGAGGGUCUACGCCGUCAAUGCGAUCGGCAUGUCCCGGCACAGUCCUGCCUCGCAGCCCUUCGUGCCCAUUGCUCCCACCAGCGCGCCCACCAACCUGACGGUGGAGGAUGUGACCAACACCACCAUUGCCCUGAAGUGGAGAACCCCAGAGAAGGUUGGGGCGGCAGGGCUGGAUGGAUACCUGGUGGAGUACUGCAAGGAUGGAACCGAUGAGUGGGUCCCAGCUCAGCAAGGGUUAACCGAUCGCACCUCCAUCGUUGUUCGCGACCUGCCGAUGGGGGAGAAGCUGCAGUUCCGGGUGAGAGCGGUGAACAUGGCAGGAGUGAGCGAGGCGGUGGCUCUCGCCCAGCCCGUCACCAUCAGGGAGAUCAUUCAGCGGCCACGGAUCUGCCUCCCCCGAGCGCUGCGGCAGAAGCUGGUCAAGGUGGUGGGAGACACCAUCAACCUCAUGAUCCCCUUCCAGGGCAAACCCAGGCCAAAGGUCAGUUGGCUGAAGGACGAGCAGCCCCUGGAUGUCCAGACCAUCCACGUCCGCAACAGCGACACCGACACCGUCCUGUUCAUCCGCACGGCUCAGCGCCAGCACUCGGGGCUCUACCAGCUGGAGGUGGAGAUCGAGAACACCCAGGACAGAGCCAGCAUUCACAUUCAGGUCAUAGACAAGCCGGGACCCCCGGAGAAUGUGAAGGUGGGUGAGGUGUGGGGGCUGAACGUGGCUCUGUCCUGGCAGCCCCCCAAGGACAGCGGGAACUGUGACAUCACCGGCUACACCGUUCAGAAGGCGGACAGGAGGACGAUGGAAUGGUUCACGGUCUACGAGCACUUUCGGCGCUCCCAGUGCUCGGUGUCAGACCUGGUUGUGGGCAACGAGUACUUCUUCAGGGUCUUCACGGAGAACCUGUGUGGGCUGAGUAAGGAAGCCGGCCAGACCAAGGACAGUGUCUACAUCCAGAAACCAGGGACCGACUACAAGCCGCCCAGCUACAAGCAGCAUGACUUCACCGAGCCGCCCAAGUUCACCCGCCCGCUUGUGAAUCGCUCCGUCAUCUGUGGGUACAACGCCACUCUCAGCUGUGCCCUGCGAGGGAGCCCCAAGCCCAAGGUGACAUGGUACAAGAACCAGCAGGACCUGUCCAAUGACGCCCGGUACAGGACGUUCUGCAACCACGGGGUGCUGACGCUGGAGAUUCGGAAGCCGUGCCCCUUUGACGCUGGGACCUACAGCUGCAGGGCCGUCAACGCCCUGGGGGAGGCCAAGAGCGAGUGCAAACUGGAGGUCCGAGUGCCGUAGGAGUCUCAGCAGUGUGCUGUCGGAGAGUGGAGCGAGGUGGCAGCGGUGACCCUGGCCACUAGUGAAGGCUGAAGCAUGAAGACCGGGGGGCGCACCCAACCUUGGCCCAGGGCCCCAGACUGCCUCUGCGCCUCUGAAUUGGUUCUUCUCACCCGUAGAUUAAGUCCGCGGCCACUGAUCGGAAACGUGUGCUUUCUAUAACCCACCUCCACAUUUGAUUCCAUGGAGCGGCUGUGCUGGCCCCUGCUGAUCACUUUUAUCACGUUUUAUUCUGGUGUGUGUGUAUGUGUGUGUGUAUGUGUGUGGGAGGGGUGGGGCACCUGCUCUUGCCGUGGGACUGUACUGACCGUAACGCAGAUCAGCUGCAGAAGGAACACUGUGUCACGGCAGGAGAUCUUCCCCUGUCCGGUGCUCUCUGCACUGGUUAGGAGUCUGUGUGUCAUCGACUGGGCAGCCCCGAAAAUGCACACAAAAUAAACUCUUCCCACCAA